CCACUGCGCCUCCUGCCACUGCGCCUGCGCAUUGUAAUGGCGUUGGGUCUACAACUAACGCCAGGCUAUCAGCCAAUACAAUUGCUACCGAAAUUAGAGACAUAAUUAAGCAUGAUGGCAGCACUCCCAGCGCAAUCUCUAUUCCUGGAACAUCAUCAGUCCCCUCAACCACUGCAAUAACUGGCACAAACUCUACCGCGUUAUCCACAAGUUCACCGGUCGUAAACAUGCCCGUCAACAACACAAUUAUGAGGCGUACAAAAAUAAAAAUCGCCCCGAAAGUUAAGCCGUCGCUCAGUCAAAUUCGACUUCGAGCUGCGCGAGGCCUCCCUCUUACUGACUCGGCGAACUUCAGAAGUAAAGAGUCUGAAAUUUUUAAAUACGAUGGAAAUAUUGCUCCUGCUGGUACAGUCUCUGCCGGGAACAAUUCUGAUACAGUCUCUGCUGGGAACAAUACUGAUACCGUCUCUGUCGGGAACAACACUGAUACAGUCUCUGCCGGGAACAAUGCUGAUACAGUCUCUGCCGGGAACAAUACUGAUACAGUCUCUGCUGGGAACAAUACUGAUACCGUCUCUGUCGGGAACAACACUGAUACAGUCUCUGCCGGGAACAAUGCUGAUACAGUCUCUGCCGGGAACAAUGCUGAUACAGUCUCUGCCGGGAACAAUGCUGAUACAGUCUCUGCCGGGAACAAUGCUGAUAUAGCCUCUGUCGGGAACAAUGUUGAUACAGUCUCUGCCGGGAACAAUGUACAGCAUAACAGAGACAUUUCUCAGGCAGGUUCUGAGUACGGCAAAGACAAGGGUUUUUAUAAGUUGCAGGAUGCUUACAAGGCUGUAGGAAGUUCAGCGCGAGAAGACAUUACAUUUUCAAAUGAGCCUAAAACUCACCGUUUGGUUUCCCUUGAUGAAAAACACAGCAAUUCGUUUACUUUUUCCGUGAAACAAACCGGAAAUGCCAGAAGUGAAGUAAUAGUGGGCACUAAUACAGAUGCAGGUGCCACUAAAUUGAUCCAAACGAACAACGUGAGGCCCGAGUAUGUUUGUGAAAUAAACAGAAAACCCACUAGAAAAGUUCUAGAUAAAAAUAAUGCAGACGUAGGCAAGGCUGCAGAUACGAGCGAGUCCGUUGUUGCAAACUAUCCUAUCGAAAUAUCCCAGAAAAAUCCCGCACCGCAUGACUUUCGAACUGCAAAUGAUGAUAAAAUAAUCAAUAGCGAACACUCGAAGCGGAGUGAAGUAUCAAACUCAACGCGAGAAGAAGGAUCAGUUCUUGCAGCGUCUUGCGUCACUCUUGUCUCCGACGCGAGCAAACUGGCAGGCUUAGAAACUGCAGUUCCACCGAAAAUUGACAAGACCAAAACGUUCGUUAAGCCCCCGAACUCUGGCAAACGCAAAGCCGAUGAGUUUGAAGUUCAUGGAUGUAAUUCAACGUCAGUAGAGCCGAAAAUCGGAAACAGACGUGAAAUGUCAAAUUUUAUUGAAAAAGUUUCUCUACGAAGCUUGCGCAAGCGCCCUAGAAUACAAGCCCCUCCAUCUUCUGGGGCGGAAGAAGAUAAUUUCAUCAUGGUUAGUUCUGCCAACGUUUGUGCAUCAAAUGAGUUCAACAUGCGUUUGGAAGCUCCGAACAAAAUUACUUCAGUAAUCACGGAAGGCCAAAAAAGCGUUUCACAAAAUAUAAAAUUCCGAAAAACUUUGAAAGCUAAUGAUAAAUAUCUCCGGGAAUGUGAUAACGCAGAACACAAAAUCACUCCUCCCUCUUUGCCGCCAUGUACGGAAACAGUUGCUGGGAAUGCAUGCAUUCUUAUAAAAGAUCCCGGAUUACGCAUUCAUCAGGACCACAGCGAAGAGUGUGUCAUGCAAUGCCAUUCUCCUGAGACCAUCGCUCAUGCGGAAACAGUCUACGUCGGAUCAAGCAAAACGGAAUGUAAUUCUUUUACAGACAGGGCCGCUAGUCCUAGCGUUUCCACUGUGCCUACACUCCAUAAAAAUCAGAGCUCAGGGAACCUUAUAGCUGAGGAGAGCCAACCUGUCUCCAUCAGAGGUGCGCCAAUCGAGGCCACUGAUCUAACCAGCGUUGUUCCUCAUCAUCAAGAACAGCAAACUAAGACUAUAACUUCUGCUUCACCAUCGAAACAAUCUUCAGUUAAUUCCGUUAAUAUCAGUUCUAGAGUAGCCACGAUAUCCAUACCCGAAGGUAGUCUACGGGAGGAUAUGACCGUGUCAGUCUCUGCAGCCACUAGUACACCUCCUACAUCGCUGGUACAAGUAGCAUCGUCUCGGCCACUCUCAGCACACAUCGGCUCUUGCUCAGUGUCACACUCAGGGCAGUCUACUCGCUACCUCCAACUUCAAGAUUCAGAGAUAUCCGAUAACCAAAUAGGUCAAAUCUUGAAACGUCCUGAUCAGCGGCACCCCUUGAAAAUCGAAUCAAGAUCUUUAAUCGUUAAAUCACCAUCGGUAACCCGAUACGCACCCGAUAAAUCGCCUGGAAUGCAAUCUCCUAUCUAUACGUCACAGUUUGAGACUGAAUCUGGACUCGCCGGAUUGCCCCAUUUGGAAACCUCAACGUUGGUCGUAAUCCCCAACCAGAGCACGUAUUCCAAUCCAGCCUUGAGUCCCGCCCUGUCAGAGUUUCCUUCCGCUGGCUCGUCUUCUGUUUGCUUCCGUCCUUCUUCUACACUUAUUUUGAACAAACCGUCUGCGUCAUCUGCUGUUCUCCAUCAACCGUCUGUGCCAUCUGCUGUUCUCCAUCAGCCGUCUGUGCCAUCUGCUGUUCUCCAUCAGCCGUUUACGUUAUCUGCUGUUCGUCAACCUUCUGUGCCAUCUGCUGUUCUCCAUCAGCCGUCUGUGUCAUCUGCUGUUCUUCGUCAACCGUCUGUGCCAUCUGCUGUUCUCCAUCAGCCGUCUGUGCCAUCUGCUGUUCUCCAUCAGCCGUCUACGUUAUCUGCUGUUCGUCAACUGUCUGUGCCGUCUGCUCUUCUCCGUCGAUCGUCUGCCUCUCCCGCUUUCUUUCGACAGUCAACUUCUCCCUCCGUCAUUCAACAGUCUGUUCCUUCCGCUUACAUUACACAGUCAGCUUCUCCCGCCCAUCUUCAACCGCUAGCUUCUUCCGCCCUUCUUCAACCGUUAGCUUCUUCCGCCCUUCUUCAACAGUCUGGAUCUCCCACAUUUAUUCAACAGUCACCAUCUCCCGCUUACAUUACACAGCCAUCUUCUCCCUCCUUUAUUCAACAGUCUGUUGCACCCGCUUACAUUACACAGUCAGUUUCUCCUGGUUUUCUUCAACAGUCCGUUCCUCCCGCUUACAUUACACAGUCUGUUCCUCCCGCUUACGUUACACAAUCAGCUUUUCCCGUUUUUAAUCAACAGUCUCUCACUCCCGCUUUUCUUCAGCAGUCUCUCACUCCCGCCUUUGUACAGCAUUCCUCUGGCUCUCCGGCUCUCCUAGAGCGCCCAUCAUCCACUCGCAGCAUUUACCAGCCUGCGCCCGCACCGGCGCCCGUGGAUGCUGCCGUCUCGUAUUAUUUCGACCCAAGUCAGAUAUACGUUGACCUCGCGUCGGGCAGGCGGGUAGUGCAGGUCCCGAGAAGCAGCGCUACAUCCUCUACCCCAGGCUACAUUAGCAUCCCUGUACCCGACCACCUCCCUGCAGACACACAACGGGUUGUGGUCAAAGCCUCGCCCGUCAUACAGGCCGGCAAACGGGCCUGGAGCUACGACGUGUACGUCCAGAGAUCCUGAACUGUCCAGACAUGUACGUUCAGAGAUCCUGAACUGGAGCUGCGACGUGUUCGUCCAGAGAUCCUGAACUGGAGCUACGACGUGUUCGUCCAGAGAUCCUGAACUGGAGCUACGACGUGUACGUCCAGAGAUCCUGAACU